CUGGCAGCGGCAAAAGAAAAAGGGAGCGGGUGCUUGGCAGCUUCCGUUUGCGUCACUCCGCCAAGCUCGUUGGCGACGAGCGGCAGCGCCAUCUACGUGAGCCAUCCGAGUCUUCGCUUCGAUUCACAGUCUGAGUUGCACCUCUCUGAAGGAUUUCUGACUCGCUCCUCACUUCCUGACUUUGGUGGGUGGCCCUGGUGCCCUUUCCUGCAGGGUGUGCCACCUUGUUCCGCGGCGCCUUAUAGUAGCAAAGCUCAUCACUUUCAGGCCUACUCACUACACCCCCGCAAUUGUGGCCACGGACACUGUGCAAGGUUGGUGCUCUUCGCGGUCCAGACUGACAUUCUGCUUUCUUGUUCCACGAGGGACCGCCACAUGACUACUUAUCUCAUUGCUCUCGGCGUAAGGCUGGGCCGGCUGGUGGGUCAUGAUUACCUAAUUCUUGGCGGAGCAGUGAACCCAGAUGCCAUUCUGGUAGCCACUACGUCGCGCGACUGCACCGCUGUCUUGUGGAAACUGCCUUCGUGUAAGCAGCAUCGCUCUCUGACUCACCCGCACGUCGUGCAUGCUUGCCGCUUUUAUUCAUUCGACACCGAGCUGGCGACGGCGUGUACAGACGGACUGUGCCGCAUCUGGACCGGGUCUACCACCGGUGCAGUCAACAUACUCGUGUCCCCCAACACCGGCUUCAACGGCACUCUCAGCUCCCGUGCCUACUCCUUUGGUGACAAAGCCCUUCUGGCCGGCGGCUCGGUGCCCAACGUUUCCGGGUGGGAUCGCCAGAGGUUCAGUGCACUGGGUUCUGUUUUUCGGUUCCAUCAUAGUGCAGUGUUGUCUGUCGAUGCCUACCGUACUCGCCAGGAUAUCGUGAUAUCCGCGGGGGAGGGAAUACUGUUUGUGUGGAACUCCGCGACACUGGAGGUGCUACAGCGACUUAACAUCAGCCUCUGCGAUGCUUGGUCGCCCCGGCCCCAAGGCAGGGCCCUGACAACAUCGGGGACGUUUAUGAAGAAGACUACCUUCCCGCAUGAGCUGUGCUGGACUGUGGCGCGAUUGAUGGACUGA